GCUCUGUUUUCGAACAUGGCCAAGAACUCCAUCCACUGGUUCCGGAAGGGACUGCGUCUCCAUGACAACCUGGCCCUGCUGGAGGCCCUGCGUGAUUCAGACACGGUGCACUGUGUCUACUUCCUGGGCCCCUUGUUCGCUGGCUCCUCCAACCUGGGGGUCAACAAGGUGGAGGUGAGGAACAACCGUAUCUAUUCAUCCAUCAACCAACCAGUCAAUACGAUUCUAUUGUCCCUGUAGAUUGAAAUGCAUUGUGCAUGCUCGGAAUGCUGAUGUGUUAUUAACAUACAUACAAUUCUAUGGUUAUUACAGUGUUGUUAUAGUGUUAUUACAGAGUGGGUGUUGUAGGCUGGGUUGGACUCUGGUCCAUUGGAAUUCAAGAAGUAAAUUGAAAGUCUAAUUCAAGAUUUGUAAAAAUCUUUAUUGAAAAUCAAUGACACUGAAUUGGCCCAGACCCAGGUGUUCUAGUGGUUAUGGUUUUGUGGUGGUUCUCAGAACAGCUCCCAUCACACAGUUGCCACUAUCUGACCUUGCUAAAGAGGAUGGUAGUAUGGAUUGAUCAGAUGUGCCAGUGGAAAGCCUGGAUCUUGACAUCACCAGGUAGUAGUUUGGACCAGCAGAGUAAGGAUUGCAGCAGUAGGCCUAUAUUGUAAUUAUGUCUGCUUUCAAGAUGAAAUUAGUGACUUCUGUAUGUAGCUAAUGUAUUAUGGUAGGUUAUGAAAGUUUGUGGAUCCUAUGUUUGAGUAUUCUCUGGGUAUCUACUAGGCUAUUCUCUUUUAAACAUCAGUUGUUGGCAAGCAUGUGAAAUAGUGUAGUGGUGCUUAUUCCUUGGUCCUCUUAACUUAGAGGAGGAAUACUAAUGGGAUGAAUAGCAGGCAAAAGCAACAGCUUCUCUUUUCCAGUCACAGUUAAGAGAGUAUUAUUACUGUAAUAGACACAGAAAAGAUUUCCCUCCCAAGUAUUUACUAUUGCCUUGGCCAGACAAAUGUUAUUUUCACUUUCUGUACAAUUUAAUUAAUCCCCUCUGGGACAUUUUGUCUGGCAUCUUUCAAAAACCAAAGAGUGUAGAGCCAAGGCCUGUAAAAUGGUGUCGUUCAGGCAGGGAGCCGGUUUAGUGUGCCGAAAGAGAGUUCCGUUUCCUGAGUCAGUGGUUGCUAUUGGGAUGACCUACUUUACAGCAGGCUGUGCUGUGGCAGAGCGGCCUAACUGGAUCUCUAACUGCUCAAGCAGUAGGAGGCGGUAGUGGCCCUCAGAUCUGCAACUGGAUUAGCCAUCUUUUCAACUGUAACACCUAUGCUUUUUGCCCUUUUUUAUUUGAAUGUUAUUUUUUAAGGAAAAGUGCUAGUGUGAAGCAAUCGACGGAUAUAGCAGGCCUAUCGGGUUAUCUUGUCUCUCUCCACAGUGUGUUUAUCAUUGUCUUCAAAGGUGUUCAGGUGUUUAUUCAAAACACUAGACAAACACACCAUGUACCCCCUGCUGCUCUCCUCUCAGGGGGCUGUUCUUAAGUUUAGAAGAAGGAUCACAGCAUUUUCUGAUGACUACAUUCAGUCAGUCAGUCAGUCAGUCACCUGGGAUACUAUGCUGUGAUGCUGCUAACUCAACCAUGUAACCAUGGCACAGUUUCAUCCCAAAUAUUACAUCUGCAACAAUGAGGACUGAAUCUGUGCCUCAAUGACAUUUCUUACUGCAUAAAUGCUAGAAAGGGGAUGUAAAUGCGAAAAGGCAAAUGUGAGCUUCAGACAGUUUGUGUGAAAUAAUAGUUGUUGAAACCUGCAUUGUUAUACAUGCAGUGAUGUAACAAUUAUAAUAUGAUCAUUACAUCACCAUCAUAACAUAACUUAUGGACAUAUGAUCAAAGGGCGUCGGUCUGCUUCUUGGAAAGUGAUUCAGAGUUGAUGUAUUUAUAUCCUGAUCCAACAAACAUGUUCUUAUUAAUUAUAAUGUAUUAUUUAGUGGGACUUAUUAGGGUUUUAUCCAAUCAAACAUGGUGUCAGGUCUAAGUUGUAAACAUGAGUCUCUUCACACUCUGAGAAUGCCCAUAAAGCAGUGUCCUCUCCAGCAUGGCCAUAUAGUUAUAGUCGUCGUCCCUCCUGUGUUUCAGGUUCCUGCUGCAGUGUCUGGAAGAUCUAGACGCAAGCCUUCGGAAGCUCAACUCCCGUCUGUUUGUGAUCCAAGGCCAGCCAGCCAACAUCUUCCCCUGACUCUUUAAGGUGAGACCCCAUCACCCCUUUCCCCUCCACCUCACCCCUACCCUCUCCCCAGCCUCCCUCACCCCCUCACCCCCAGGGACAGCAAAUAUCCACCAUACUAAAUCAGUGUUUGCUGACCAUUUUAAAGUCAAUCAGUAUAUCUUGUAUUAACCCCAGUGUGUGUCUGCUGUGUCCUGACCUGUCCUCUCAGGACUGGAACAUCUCCCGGCUGACAUUUGAGUGUGACUCUGAGCCGUUCAGUAAGGAGAGGGAUGCAGCCAUUAAGAAGCUGGCCACAGAGGCUGGAGUAGAGGUCGUCAGCAGGACCUCACACACUCUACGACCUGGACAAGUGAGUAGGACACCCGGAUGACAUCCUCCUCUUCUCUCUGUAGGAUCAUAGAGCUGAAUGGGGGUCUUCCUCCUCUCACCUUCAAGCAUUUCCAGACGUUGGUGGGCUCCAUGCCGCCCCCCAAUGCCCCAGUAGAGGCUCUGUCCCAGGCCAGCAUGGGUCGAUGUGUCACCCCCAUCUCAGACAACCACAGGGACAAGUACGGAGUACCCCUAUUGGAGGAGCUGGGUAAGACACCGACUCUUACUUAUUGCAGGGUACUAUCACAUAAGAUUGCUCCUAUUUUGCUCAUGUUUACAUUCUCCUCUCUCUUCUACCCUCAGGUGAAGACGAACGGCAGCCCCCCCAUCUCUCUGCUGUGGCGUGAGUUCUUCUACACGGCCGCCACUAACAACCCCCUCUUCGACAAAAUUGAGGGGAACCACAUCUGUAUCCGCAUCCCCUGGGACCGUAACGCAGAGGCGCUGGCCAAAUGGGCCGAAGCCAAGACGGGCUUCCCCUGGAUCGACGCCAUCAUGACUCAGCUGAGGCAGGAAGGCUGGAUCCACCACUUGGCCAGACACGCUGUGAAGAGGGCAUGAAGGUAGAGAGAGGGGUGGGAAGAAUCAGAAGAGAUACAUUGAUAGAUUAAUUUGUAUUUUAAAAAUAAUUACUAAAGGAUUUCACCCCAAAUACAGUAUAAAUGUGUGAACGGUGUUAGAGUUAUAAUGUAGUGUCAACCCACUAACAGAGGGGGUGAGUUAGAAACUGCUGAGACAAACAUUCCAGGAGGAAGGAGACUUAGAAGUAUUUAAACAUUCUGUACUGUGGAAAUAUACAGACCGCCUAAAGGUGGGCGGAGCAAAGUGCCUUUGUGUGAAGUGGUAUAAAAGCUGUAUAUGUGUUUGGGCGGCAGAGCUCUCCAUGAUUAAAUAAUACAGAUCAUUCUUGCUGGUUGUGGACCUUUGUUUAAUUCAUGAUUAAAACCAGAGCCUUACACCCUCUGGGAAUUAUUCAGAGCAUUAAGUUUAAUUAGAGAGAUAAAUUCUCAUGACAUACAUAUUAUGUGUGAAUGACUGUUGUUGUUCUGUGUGUGUCUGUCAGGUGUUUGAGGAGCUGCUACUGGAUGCAGACUGGAGUGUGAACGAAGGCAGCUGGUUGUGUCAUUCCUGCAGUUCCUUCUUCCAGCAGUUCUUCCACUGCUACUGCCCUGUGGGCUUCGGACGAAAAAUAGAUCCCGAAGGAGACUUCAUUAGGUUGGUAUAUCUACACGCACGCACACACACCCACACACACAAGACGCACAUACACACACACACACACACACACAGUAUCUAUCAAGUCAUACAUUAGCAAGGCUGUUCUGUCUGACUACUGUCUGUAUGUUGUGCUGAACCAACUCCUCUGGCAGUUGUGACGAGGCACUGAGUUUUAAUUGCUCCCUCUGCUUGCAGACGCUACUUACCUGUCCUGAAAGACUUGCCAGACAAGUACAUCUACGACCCUUGGAACGCCCCCAUAGAGGUGCAGCGGGCGGCCAAGUGUGUGGUCGGGGUGGACUACCCCAAACCCAUGGUGAACCAUGCAGAGGCCAGCCGACUCAACAUAGAGAGGCAAAUCUACCAGCAGCUGUCCAGAUACAGAGGACUCAGUAAGUAUUUUUCUCCCUCCCUUGCUUUGUAUUGAACUCUCUCUCACUCUCUCUCUCUCAUUUCUUUUUCACUCUCUUCCUAUCACCUGCCCACUCUCUCUCUUUCUCUCGCUCUCUUUCACUCUCUGAAUCUCUCUUGCUUUCUGUCUGUCUCGCUAUCGCUCUCUUUCUCACACCUGAUCAUUCAUUAUAACUCGUGUCUCUCUCCUAAUAGGCUUACUAGCAGCUGUGCCAACCAGUCCCAUUGAGGAUCUGAAUGCGGUGGCAUCGCCCUCUACUGGUAGAAAAUACAGUGUGCUCAACGGCCAUCAUGGUGAGCAAGGCUCAUAGCAAGGCUCAUUUGCCUAAACCUCCUUAGAUACUAUUCAUACAUUAUCCCAAAUAUUAUCACACCACGACUGCAAAGUGAGCACACUCCUCUACCCUCCUCUGAACCUCCCCUCUCCCUCUCUUCUCCUCUAUCCAGGCCGUAGUAGAGAAAACAGAAGUGUAAUAGUGAACGGUGAGAAGCUGCCGGGACUCAGUGGAGUGAGACCACUACCUGGACCAACAUACACUCACAGUAAGUCUAGAUACAGUAUAUAAUAUCUGACUGGACACAGACUGGUCACUUACAGUGUUAUGUAGAGGAGGAAAUUCUUAUGGGCCUAUUUCAGUUUGCCUCUUGGUCACUGCAGGCUGUGGAAUGGCGCACAGAGAGCAGGCACGAUCGUCCAAUCAGCAACUCUGUCGGACAGGAUGUGCCCAUGAGUUUGCUGUGCCUCAGUAUCCAGGUCGUCUGGCCCGGGACGGGGCUGGGAAGAGGGGGCGGGAGUCGGAACAGGAAGUGGGUAACGACUUUCCGGCCCCCGCCUUCAAGGUGCAGCGACACCACAACCACGUAAGUCAGGGGUCAAUGUGUGUGUUUACGUUCUGUUUUCUAAAGUCUAUGUUAUGUACCUGGGGGGAUGUCACAAAGAAUGAUCGAUAA